AUGGUAAUGCAGUUUCAGGAGUUAGAAAAUCCAGUUCAAAUUAGUCCUUGCCAGAGCUGCACAUCAUCAGGAUCUGUCAUGGAAAUGAUGAGCAUGAAGCCUGCAAAAGGUGUACUAACAGAGCCAACAGCAGGUCCUCUGGGGCAGAAUCUAGAAGUGGAAUCAUACUCACAAUACAACAACAUCCAGUUUCCUCAAGUUCAACCACAGAUUUCCUCAUCAUCCUAUUAUUCCAGCCUGGGUUUCUACCCCCAGCAGCCUGAAGAGUGGUACUCUCCUGGAAUAUAUGAACUCAAGCCACUGCCCACUGAGACCCUCUACCAGGGAGAGACUGAGGUCGCAGAGAUUCCUGUGACAAAGAAGGCUCGAAUGGGCACGUCAGCGGGGAGAAUAAAAGGAGAUGAGCUAUGUGUUGUUUGUGGAGACAGAGCAUCCGGAUACCAUUAUAACGCACUGACCUGUGAGGGGUGCAAAGGUUUCUUCAGGAGAAGCAUCACCAAAAAUGCCGUGUACAAGUGUAAAAACGGAGGCAACUGUGUGAUGGACAUGUACAUGCGAAGGAAGUGCCAGGAGUGUCGACUAAGGAAAUGCAAAGAGAUGGGAAUGUUGGCUGAAUGUAUGUAUAGAGGCUUGUUAACUGAAAUUCAGUGUAAAUCCAAACGGCUGAGAAAAAACGUGAAGCAGCAUGCAGAUCAGACCGUUAAUGAAGACAGCGAAGGGCGUGACCUGCGACAAGUGACCUCGACCACUAAGUCAUGCAGGGAGAAAACUGAACUCACCCUGGAUCAACAGAAUCUUCUACACUAUAUUAUGGAUUCAUAUAGCAAACAGAGGAUGCCUCAGGAAAUCACAAAUAAAAUUUUAAAAGAAGAAUUCAGUGCAGAAGAAAAUUUUCUCAUUUUAACUGAAAUGGCUACCAGUCAUGUACAGAUUCUUGUAGAAUUCACAAAAAAGCUUCCAGGAUUUCAAACAUUGGACCAUGAAGAUCAGAUUGCUUUGCUGAAAGGGUCUGCAGUUGAAGCUAUGUUCCUCCGUUCAGCUGAGAUUUUCAAUAAGAAACUUCCAGCUGGACAUGCUGACCUAUUGGAAGAGAGAAUCCGAAAGAGUGGUAUUUCUGAUGAAUAUAUAACGCCGAUGUUUAGUUUUUACAAAAGUGUGGCAGAAUUGAAAAUGACUCAAGAAGAGUAUGCUCUGCUUACAGCAAUUGUUAUUCUCUCUCCAGACAGACAAUACAUAAAGGACAGAGAGGCCGUAGAGAAGCUUCAGGAGCCUCUGCUUGACGUGCUGCAGAAGCUGUGCAAGAUCCAUCAGCCUGAGAACCCCCAGCAUUUCGCCUGUCUCCUGGGCCGCCUGACGGAGUUGCGGACAUUCAACCACCACCACGCGGAGAUGCUGAUGUCCUGGCGCGUCAAUGACCACAAGUUCACCCCGCUUCUCUGCGAAAUCUGGGAUGUGCAGUGA